AUGGCCAUGACACAUUAUGGGGUUAUUGUAGAUCAUGGCAUAACAGUUGGAGGUGAUAAUGUCUUUGAUACUUUGGAUGAACUUACUUCUGAUUUAGAGCAGAGGAUGGGUGAAUCUGUACAAAUAAAUUGGUUAGGAAAAAGAGCUAUUCAUAUUAAUGAUCUUAAAAUGGAAUCUAAAGGUAAAGAUUUGACUGCAGUUCUAACGAUGGUUGACUGUAGAUUAGCACAAGAAACAGUUUCUAUUAUGGAGAAAAAAGAUUUUCAGACUGUUUUAUAUAUGUCUAUUAUGGCUAGAGACUGUUCUCGUCCUCCAAAGAAUUACGGCUUUGGAUUUCCUUUCAUAAAAACGGAUACAGAAAAAAAUUAUAUAGAUAUCGUUCCUCUAUUAAAAGAUUUAAGAAUGGAAUGUUUAGCAAGAUGGAACGACGUUAUUCUUAUUCAUGAUAAUACUAUAGGUAUUGAUUACUUAGAAUCAAUUGUAUCAGUUUUUAUGGAGCCUGGUUAUUCAGUUAGAGCGGCAUCAAUAACAAGUUUUGAUUUAUGUGAAGAAAGUCAAAGUUGCACCGAAAGUUAUGAAGUUAUGGUUACGAUUUUAGAUUCUUUUAAACAUGAUGAAUAUAAAAAUAAUUAUUUACUAAUUGCUGGCAAGGAAUCUGUAACGAAAUCUCUGAAAAUGAUGAAAAGGCAAAAUAUGUUGACAAAGUCAAAAAUGUGGCUAGUUAUAUUAACGGAUGAACCACCAUACAUAGACUUGGAAAAUGAAAUAGAUAAUUUACCAGUAGAAUCAAAUGUUGCUUUUGCAUACAAGUCAACCAAAGAUGAAGAAUGUCCUACAGAAAGUGGUUGUCAGGUAAAAGUAGCAAUGACAGCAUUCGCUGAUGCAGUUGGAAAAUUGAAGAAAGAAAACAAAUUUAAAAUGUCUAAUGCUAACGAAAAAGCUCAAACUAAAAACUCGCUAUUGACUUCUAUUAAGGAAAAUCUAAAAGAAACGACAGAAUGUGGUGGUUGUAUAAAAUUUAUAAUAAAAACUAGUGGAGCUCAUCAUGUUUCGACAAAGCAGAAAGGAUAUUUAGGUAAAUUUCAGACAAUAGGAGAAUGGUCACCUUAUAAAGGAAUCGAGAUGACAAAUGAUUUAUUCCCAUCUGCAUCGGGAAAUUUUAGGGGAAAAAAAAUUAAUAUAGGAGUAUUGCAUUCUCCUCCAAUAGCUAUUGUUGAAAGUAGUAGGAAAGUGCGAGGUGUUGUGGCUGAAUUAGUCAAAGAACUUGGAAAGACUCUGAAUUUUACAUGUAAUUGGGUAGUUCAAAGAGAUAGACAGUUCGGAACAAGACAGAGUAAUGGAGAUUGGAGUGGUUUAAUCGGAGCUAUUCUCAAAAAGGAGAUAGAAUUUGCUGCUCAGGCAUUUUAUAUGACAGAAGACAGAUUACAAGUUGUAAAUUUUACUACACCAAUUAUAGAUGAUCCUUACGCUAUUCUUAUGAGACGACCAAAUUUGGCUCAUGAUUAUUUAUUUUUGGCUCCAUUUACUUUUGAUACUUGGGUUUGUGUGGCAAUUGCCGUUUUCGUUAUUGGCCCAAUUUUAAAUAUUAUACAUCGUUGCAGUAAAUAUUAUGAAUAUAAUGACAUGGCUGAUGGAAAAGGAUUAUUCACUCUGUCUAAUUGUGCCUGGUAUUGCUAUGGAGCUCUUGUGCAACAAGGAGGAAAUCAUUUGCCUGCAGCUUUAUCUGGUAGGAUAUUGGUUGGAUUUUGGUGGUUAUUUGUGAUUGUUACAGUUACAACUUACAGUGGAAAUCUUGUUGCCGUUUUGACAUUUCCCAAAAUAAGAAAUCCCAUCGACAGCGUGGACGAUAUGCUCAGUUAUGGUCGAUUGAGAUGGGGAACGUACGAAGGAGAAGCUUUAAUUGAAUAUCUCAAGAAUGCCAGAACGAAACAAAUGCAAAAACUGAACAAAGGACUUCAGAUUUAUAAAAGAGACGAUUACGAAAUGAUUCUAAAAAAAGUAUUAAAUAGUCGAUUUGUAUUUUUGGCUGGAAAAUCUGAACUGAUAGAAAUCCAAUCCAAGCAUCACAACGAAACUAAAAAAUGUCGAUUCAGUAUCAGUAACAACGAUGUCCUGAGAGAAUCAGCAUCUAUUCCUGUACCAAAAAAUUGGCCAUAUCUUACUCGAGUUAAUGAAGAAAUUAGAAGAUAUAUUGAAUCAGGAUUGCUCACACGGUGGUUUAGAUCGCAUCUACCACCAGAUAAUGAAUGUACAGUCGUUAGUAAACCACAAGCUGGAGAUACUCGGAAAAUUGACGUGGAACAGAUGCUAGGAUCGUUUUAUUUACUAGGAUUAGGAUGCUUAUUUGCUCUUAUAGCAUUUAUAUGCGAAAUAACCUACAGAAAGUGUUUAAAACGUAAAGAAAAAGCCGCUGAGCCAGGACAGAAAUCGGAUGUAAACAAGAAAAACAUGGGAUUCUUCGGAAGAAGACCUCAAAAUUCACCUUUCUUAAAUCCUCCUGACUUAAUCAAGAGAGAUGAUAAAAUAGAUGAUAAAACUAGAUUAAUGUCAGCCGAAAGUAGGCACCAACCACCCGAUCGUCCAACAUAUUUUUCAUACGGAUCUAGAUAUUAAAAUUAUAUCCUCGAUAAAAAUGAAAAUAUAUAAAUAAGAAUAAACAUAUCAUGCAUUGUAGUAUACACAAUGGUUUCUAUCUAAUACAAGAAAAAUUUUCUGUAGCAAUUAUUAUUCAAAAAAAAAACAUCAGGGAUAGUUUGUGUUAUUGUAAGAUUUAUGUUAUUCUUACUCGUACUCUAUACUGACUUCUGUAUAUUUAAAAGAACCUUAAAGUACAAUAUAGGUAAUACACUGUAUUCUGUACAGAAAUUUAAACAUUUUUCUUCGUUAUUUCCUUAAAAACUCGGCAAUAUCCCUGUUUAAAUUGACGAUUUUUAAUGUAUUCAAGUCGCAACUUCAAAACUUGUCACUAACAAGUUCAUAGUAGUCACGAUAACUUAAUGAUAUAAACAUUGACUAUCUCGAAUUAGCAUUGAUUGGAUCAAGUACAAAAGUCUUGUAAAAAGUAAAGCUUUUUUUACAUUAUAUAAAUCACUUUAGUGACGAGAAUAGCCAUUAUUACAAAACGAAAUUGAAGCAUUCGAAGAUAUAAUUCACCCACUUAAUCAAUUUCUUUAAAUAGUUUUUAAAAUUGAUAAACAAAUUUGGACUGUUUUCAAGUGAUUUAUUGUAAUUUCUACUUAAAAGUUACAAAAAUCUAAUUUAAAAUGAGAUCCUCUAUGUUCAGUAAACAAUUUUUAUAACAUUUCAAUGCAUUGAAGACAAUCAAAAGUGUAAGUAUAUUAUUGUCAUUUACUAUUAUUUCAUCGAAUCUUUAAUUUGUAAAUUACGUGACAAAGUAGAUGAUUAGCUUUUCGUGUUCUGUGUAAUUAAUUUAAUUUUUAUUUAGUAAAUAAAAAUUAAAAUUAAUUACACAGGAUAUUGUUCUAAAUCAUCGUGUAGUUACGAAGUAUUUAUGAUCACUUCAUUUAGAAAAAAAAAAAAAAAUGAGCACUUUUGAUGUAAUAUAAGAAAGUAUAUUUAUGAAAUUUGCUAUUUUCUUAAAUAUCUGUCAUGUGUAACAUGAUUCGGAGUAUAAUAUAAAUUGAAUAUUUAUUAUUCAGUUUUUUUUUACUCUUAACUAGAAUACUUAAAAACUAUUUGUAAAUAAUUUAAAAAAUACUAUAAAUUCACUUGUAUGUUGUCCACAAUACACAUUUUUUCCAUACUGAACUGCUCAAUUUUUUUUUAAAAAAGACAUUUCAACGGGAAUUCUAGUAAAUUAAAAACCAAAAAAACAAAUUUAUAAUGUGAAUUUUAUAGCACGACGUAACGAAAUAUGUAUUUUAAA